AUGCUGUCAACUAACAAGCUCUCCAGAUACCUCUUGACGGCUAUUGUUGUGUCCCCCAGCGCAUAUGGAUACGUGGGCAACCUCGCACCAGACACCACAGCGGCCCCGGCCGGGGCACUCACCACGCCUUUCGUGCCUCCAACGUCGUGUAUUGAUGUGCGAACCCUGGCUCCUUAUGGAGUUCCUCGGCUUGAAGCUGGCUGUGCGCAAGGGUCCCUGAGCAGGGAAUGCUGUCCGCCAAAUUGGGGCGACGCUGUGUAUUACAGUCCGGGCAUGUGCCCGUCGGCCUACCAUGCCUACCCACUUCCAACAUCGAAACAGCGUCAGGAGACGACAAAUUUCUGUUGUCCUGGUGGCUAUCGUCUCAUUGACAAAACAUUUUGCUUAUCGCGUCUUGAAACGCCUGUGACUAUUACAUACAGCGAUGAGACUAUCUCAACUCGGCGUACACAGGACUAUGUCCAGGCCACCCCCAUUCAGAUCCGGUUCCGGGCUUCAGAGUCUGACAUUGUGCCUGUACCAACGAGUUCGUUGAGCUUGCCACGAGACUGGCUACGUACCCGUGAGAAGGUUGGCAUUGGCAUUGGGGUCGCUGCGGGUGUGGGUUUGAUCUCCUUGGCAUUGUACUACUUCUUUUGGGUCAGACGGAGAGGAAGGAAGCAAAUCCCGCAGCAGGCAAUCCCAUGCAUCCACGAAGGCCAAAACGCUGAUCAAGUUCCUCCACCCCCUUACGCUGGAAAUGCCAAUACGUCUACAAAACAGUAG